AUGAUUUUGUUUACAGAGAAAUACUGGAGUCUACUGAAUAGAAGAUGCUCCCCGGAUGUGUGCCAGAAAUUGGUGGAGCAAGAAAUAGAUUUUGAGACAUUCAUAAUGCUGAGCAAGGCCGAAUUCAUUUCGCUUGGCAUCAGCCGUUCCGAUGCUAGCAUUCUCAAGCUCGUGCAGCAUAUUUUGAAGGAACAGCUUCUGGACCUUUCAGUUUAG